AUGUGUGGUAUUUGUUGCAUUGUUACCUUGCGUAGCCAGCAUACUGUUAAUGAUUUCCUUAACGAAGACAUACUCUGCCGUCUUAGAAGAAGAGGACCAGACAGUAGCCAACAGUUGCUAAAAACUGUGUCUGAUCUUUCUUACAAGUGUCUGUUUUCUGGCCACGUACUUCACUUGAGGGGACUGGUGACUCCUCAGCCCCUGGAAGAUGCCAAUAGCAAUAUUUUUCUUUGGAAUGGAGAAAUUUUCGAUGGAGUGCACGUAGGAGCUCUAGAGAAUGACACUGAAGUAAUGUUUGGUCAUCUUGCAUUAUGCCGUAGCGAAGCCGACAUUUUGUCACUCUUUUCAUCACUUCGAGGUCCAUGGUCUUUUAUUUAUUAUCAAGCAUCUAGACACAGUUUAUGGUUUGGCAGAGAUUAUUUUGGUCGUCGUAGUUUGCUUUGGCAAUUCGGCAAUGAGGUUGACGGUGCUUUCUGUCUCACAUCUGUAAGUGUUUCUUCCAAAAUAGAUAUCCAAUGGCGAGAAGUCCCAGCAUCUGGAAUUUUCAAAAUUGAUCUCAAAGCUUGUGCAACAGCAAAAUCUUUGUCUUUAACAUUGUUUCCAUGGAAAUACAGCUGCACAGAGGAAGCAGUAGAAGAAACAUUCGUCAGUGUUCUGGAGAAAGUUUUGAAGGACUUACCGAACCACAUACGUCUCGUGAUGAAUGAAUCAAAACUGUGUCUCAGAGCGCCAGUUAUCCCCUUAAAUAAAACAAUUUUGGAAGUGUCACGUAAACAUCCAGGCACCAACAUUAGCAACGUGGUUUCUACAGAAACCCUUCAAGGAUUUCUCGCAGAGGAAUGCAAGAAAACAUUAGUCGGUCAGUUUAUUGGUGUUUUAAGUGAAGCGGUGAAGAGACGGGUUUUAUCUCUCGUGAGAGAUGAAGAUCAGAAAACAGGAGGAAUUCCAAGCAUGGCGAAUAGGAAAGCACAUGUUGCGGUGCUCUUUUCUGGCGGCAUUGAUUCUAUGGUUGUUGCAGCCCUUGCUGAUAAACAUGUGCCUCUGGAGGAACCGAUUGAUCUUCUCAACGUAGCUUUCAUGAUAAAAGAACAUGCUAAGCAAAAAGAUGCCGCUACGAAACAUCCCCACCAGGAAGUACAGCUUGAUUUGCUUUGUCCUCAAGGAAGUUGUCAAGAUCUUGAUGCUAAAACUGGUACUCCUUUAUCUUGCUUUGAUGUUCCUGACAGAAUCACUGGUAGGGCAGGACUGAGAGAAUUAGAAGCUAUUAACCCUUCCAGGACCUGGAACUUGGUGGAAAUUAAUGUUACCCUGGAGGAACUGAAAGAAAUGAGACAACAAUGCAUUAAUCACUUAAUUUAUCCACUGGAUACUGUCUUGGAUGACAGCAUUGGCUGUGCAAUUUGGUUUGCUUCCAGAGGGGAGGGUUUUGUUAGUAACCAAGGACAACUGAAACCAUAUAAAAGUCCUGCAAAGGUUGUGCUUACAGGAAUUGGAGCCGAUGAACAGCUUGCUGGGUAUUCUCGACAUCGUGUUUCCUUCCAAAAAUAUGGCUUAGAGGGUCUGAAUAAAGAACUUGAAAUGGAGUUGAAUCGUAUCUCUUCUAGAAAUCUUGGCAGAGAUGACAGGAUUAUUGGUGAUCAUGGAAAAGAAGCCAGGUUUCCUUUUCUUGAUGAACAUGUUGUUUCAUUCCUCAACUCUCUGCCCGUCUCGGAAAAAGCUGACUUGACUUUACCUCGAGGAAUCGGUGAGAAAUUGAUUCUGCGCCUUGCAGCCAAGGAGCUUGGCCUUACAGCCUCGACCGUUUUGCCAAAAAGGGCUGUACAGUUCGGAUCCCGGAUCGCAAAACUAGAGAGCAACAGCGAAAAAGCGUCUGACACGUGCAGCAGACUGAAGUUAUUUUCAGUGGAUGAGUUGUAAAGCGACAUGUUGAGAUGUUGCAUUUACUCUAUAUGCAAAAUGAGUAAAGUUUUUGGAGUUUU